AUUGUUUUAUGUGUGGCUUGGCAGUGCAAGGCCCGAAGAUGGCUGCAGGAUCAGGCGCGUCAAGCGGCCAAAGUCGUGGUUUGCCUGUGGCUCUGGAGUCAACUUUGGACCGACGGUUUCAAGGAGUGUCGAACACAAUGGAAUCAAUUCAAGGACUAUCAAAUUGGUGCAUUGAGAACAAGAAAUACCACAGCCUUAUCGUGCGUUACUGGAUUAAAUGGUUGAGGAAAUCUGAGGCUUCUCAUCGGCUCAAUUUGUUCUACCUCGCCAACGAUGUCAUUCAGAACUGUAAGAGGAGAAAUGCCAUCGUCUACCGUACUGCCUUCGCCGACGUACUCCCUGAGGCCUUCCAGCUGGUCAAUAAUGUCGGAGACUCUAAGGUGAUGAAGUCGGUCGACAGGAUAUUAACCAUCUGGGAGGAGAGGAGUGUGUACACAGAGCAGCUUAUAGCUGAGCUGAGGUCCAGUCUUGUCAAAGAAGAGUCACCUGCUGCUGUGGAGACACCUAAAGCUCCAGUCAACCCUAAGGCUGCUCUUCAAUCUAAGAUUGUAGCUGAAUUUGUCCCCCAGGCUUUCAUCGAUCACCUCUCUAAGUACCACAGCUCUGUGGAGGAGGUGUCACUGAAGGAGAAACAGCUGGCAGCCAUGAGGGUGGACGUUUGCAGCACUGAGGCCCUCAAGAGACUGAAAGAUAAGGCAGGAGGAAAGAGGCACUCCAAGGACUUUGAGGAUGGCAGUGCGAAGUUAAAGGAGUUUGUUGCCUUCCUUGACCGGCAGAUCAAAGGAGGGCCCCCUCUGUUGGAUGCUCUUGGCAACGCAGAUAUUUUCUACGAGAUGCAGUAUAAGGAGGUCAAGAUAGUCGCCAAUGCCUACAAGACGUUUGCCAACCGGGUGUCCCACCUCAAGCGUAAGCUGGACAGCCUCAAGGCCACCUUACCAGACCUGGAUGAGUCGCCCAUCCCCUCGCCCUCGAUGGACGCACCCUCUCCCAAUGGCUCAGAGUCCCCGUUCCAUGGCCUGGCUGACCCAGACUCCGACCUGGAUGGCCUGGCCAUGGAUGACGAGGCGGACAUCACUUUAGGGGAAGCACCAAGCCCCCUGUCCUCCCCUGGUGGCUCCCCCGAGCAGGGCUUCACCGUAGGGGACUCAGACAACCGCGACGUGGAGGACAUGGAGCUCUCGGAUGAGGAGGCAGAGAACGUCAAUAUCAUAGUUGAGGAGCGAGUUGAAAGUCUCAUCCCAGCUCCAGUCCCCAUUCCUGUGCCUGUUGUCACACAACUGCCACUGGCCACAGAGGCAAAGUCUGUUCCACAGGCCACACCCUCCCCAGCUCUCGUGACCCCUUUGACCCAUACAACCAACAUAUCAGGCAACCUCGCCAAUGUGGACCUGGGUAAAAUUAGCUCCAUUCUCAGCAGCAUCACAUCUGUCAUGAAGAAACCAGGAGUGAGUCCAGGUGGUUCUUUGGUCUCCCCCUCUCCAGCCAGGACCAUCCCUCCUGCCCCAGUAGCCCCCCAGGUAGCCAGCCCUCUGACCAGCAUCCUGUCUAAAGUGGACAUGACUCCUGAGGAGCUCUUCGGUGCACUGUCCGAAUCCCAGGGGCAGGCCAGCGGGCUGAAGGGCCUCUCCACUCGUCUGAACAGUCCAGCGGAAAACCUCUCCUCAAACUCCCCCAGUACAGGCAAGCUCCCUCCCUCCGCCUCCACCCCUACAGCACCCUCUCGAGGCCUUCCUCUCACCUCUUCUACGCUCGAACCAAACCCAUCAGCCCCUGCAGUGGGGAACACCACCGCCGUCCCUCAGGCAGCGUCCCUUCCCCAGUCCACACUGCCUUUAGCCAUCGGCCCUCAUAGAGGGCCGGUCCUGGGGCAGGAGAAAGAAGAAAAGCCUUCCGCUUCCAGCCUGGAGUCUAAGAUCCACAGCUUCCUGCAGGGUAAUCCUGGCUUUAAUGCCUUUAACCUGGGUUUGGCUAGUGUGGCCGUCCAAGCGGGAGGCAGCACCCUCAGCCCCUUAGCGGGUACAGAGACCCAGGGGGGCACUCCGGUACGGGACGAGGCCGGAGGAGGCACCCCCACCCUGGAUGAGAUCAUGGACACUCCGGGAGGAGCAGAGCCCUUCCUGGCCAAACAAGGUCAGGUCUCUGGGGUUCCUAAACCAGAAGAUGGCAGCCUGUCUCUGUCUCCAACUGCCUGCCAUAACCAAGCUUGGCAGGAUCCCAACACUCAUGGCCAUUUAGGACUACAUCCAGGAGCGCCUAAUGGUCAAGGGUACCACCAGUUGCCUUAUGAAGGGAAGGAAGAGAUGCAUGGAAUAGCUCCUUCUCUCAGAGAGUCUGGAUUGGCCCAUUACCAGCCCAUCACGACACAGGUGUCAGCCCCAACCCUUGGGGAGGGGUUACUCAGUAACACACCAGGAGGGCCUCCGGCAGGGCCAAACGCUGUCGUGAGUGAAGGAGGAUGGUAUGGUAAUCCCUACCCAGAGGGACAGGCCCUGCAUCCCAGCAACCACAACAUGGCUGCCUCAGGUGCAGGAGAUGGCAAAACCCCCAUGUCAGGACUGUAUGCAUACCAGGGGGAGGGGCAGACGCAGCCCUACCAAACAAGAGAUCCUCAUGCUCUGCCUUUCCAGCAGGGGGCCAACCCCUCAAGCUUCCUCAACAGUCCCCUGCCCCCCAUUCCCCAGCUACCCCCACCGCCCUUCCCUGGGAUACCAGCCCCACUGCAGGACUACCAGGGCCCGCCCGCGUCUGUGAUGGUGCCUGUGGAGGCAACUUCACCAAACCCUGAGAUUGAGGAUGACAGGGCGGGCGUCAGUACAUUGGGUGGUCCGGUGAUUAUCAGUGACCCCUAUCACCCUGAUGACUUUCGCCGUCACCAGGAUGUCCUUCAUCGCCACGCGGAUGACCCAUAUCACCCUGACGAUUUCCGUCGUCACCCCGAUGACCUCCACGGCCACUCCGAUCUACUCCGUCAUCCUGACAACCUGCAUCACCUUGACGACUUCCAUCGCCAUCCCGAUGACCUCCACCGGCACCCUCACGAUCUCUGUCACCCAGAUAAUCGCUAUUAUCACCCAGAUGAUUUCCACCAUCUACCUGUAGACGAUCCUCAUUAUCCUUAUAGAGUCAGAGAGCGCCUCACUCCCCCUCUCUCCCUCAGAAGACCCUUACUACUAUAACUACCCGCCACGCAGCCCUUCCCCUCCAUAUGGUCACAGACACCCCCUUCCCCCUCACAUGAACCUGCACCACCCUGACCACAUGCCCCUGCCU